AUGGCCUUCAUGCCUCCGACACCUCCUCUCUGGAACCCGGACGAGUCGGGUGCGUACGGCGGCGACUCGGUCGCCGAGCUGGAUCUCGGAACCGUGCUAGCGCUGCUCGCGUGCGGCGUCGGGGUCUCGCUCUGCUGCAUCUCCUGCUGGACGAACCGGGACCCGCUGCUGGACGAGCUCGCGAUCCAGCUUGAGCCCAGGCUGCUGACCCGCGGCGCGCCUGCGUCCGAGGACGCCUUGCCCCGGCCCGCGGCCCCACGGAGGCGACGAGACUCUCCACGCAAGAAACUGCGGGACCGGUACGACGCCGAGGAGAGCGGGCAGGGCGCCCACAACGACGACGACUCGACCGGGAGCGAGACGAGCAGCGAGAGCCUGGCCGCGGGCCAGACCUUCAGGGCGGGCCCGCCGGGCAGGAGGCGAGCCAGGGCGGGCGGGCGGCGCGCGGGGCGGCGGCCGCGCGGGGGCGGGGGCGAGAGCGAGAGCGAGGAGGAGGACAGCGACGACGACGACGAGGCGGACGGGGAGGAGAGCUCCGACGCAGACGACGACGUCGAGGCGAGCAGCAGUCAUGGCAGCAGGGCGAGCGGCUGCUCCUCCCUCUCCGACCACCUGACCGCGGUCCUGCAGAGCCAGCGGAGCGGCGGGGCGGGGGGGUCGGCGCGCGGCGCGCGCGCGAGGCGAGGCCGCCGCCGUCCUCCUGCGAACACGCGCGCGCUGCUCGCCGCAGCAUUUGAAGACGACGACGACGCGCCGCCGCCUCCUCCACCGCCUCAGUCGUCGCUCGAGCUGGCCUCCGUGGUUCCGCCGGACUCCGGGGCUGCGGAAGAGGCGGCGACCUCGCCGCCCGAGACGGACCCGGUGGCCAAGGCUUGGUCGGUCCAGGCCUCCCCCGAGACGACCCGGGUGUGGGCGGAGCGCGCCGCCGCGGCGGAGGCGGCGGCGCGGCAGGAGCUCGAGCGGGAGAGGGAGGAGCGGGCGGCGGCGGAGCGGCAGGAGCUCGAGGAGAGGCUGGCGCAGGCGACGGCGCGGCUCGACAAGGCGAAGGAGGCCCUGAGCGGACGCCACUCGCUCGGCGGCCGAUCGGCGGACGCGAAGGUCGGGGGCAGCCGCGACUACACGUCUGUCGACGUGGAGGCGCUCAACUUUACCGGCAUCAAGAAGGAGGUCGCGCCCGCCGAUUCGACCCCGGUGCUCGAUGAGCAGUACCUCGCGGAGUCCGAGGAGUCGGCUCGAGCUCGACGUGCUCGCGUGGUGGAAAAGGCCAAGGAGACAAAGUGGCCGGCGCUUGCCAAGAUGGUCAAGCAGUACUUCGCCGCACCGGCCUCCUCCGCGGGCGUCGAGCGCGUCUUCUCGGCCGCGGGCAAGAUGCACGGCGACCUCCAGAAGUCGGCCAAGGACACCACGCUCGAGCACUCACUCUUCGCGGCGUUCAACACCGAGUAG